UAACGUCACUUGUCAUUUACCUCUCGGUAUAUUCGGGUUAUUAGUGAGUUAUAAGUUGUUUACUUUGAUUAUUUUCAGUUAAUUAAAUGUUUUAUUCGCUGAUUUAGGAAACCGUGAUUAUGGGAAUUAUUUUUAAUUUAAUUAUUUACUUUGGUUUUCUUGGAAUUAUAUAUGCAAAUAAUUUUCAGCCGGAUUCAGUGACAAUUUCACUAGACAGUUUUAAUACAUCUCAGCGAAAUGGCCAAGCAUUUUACAUUAAAACGACAUUGCCUUGUUCGAAGGCAACUUUAGUUUUAAUUAAAAACCCCCCCUCGAGCUUGUCGUUCAUAAUAAUCCAAGCCCACGCUCAACAAAAUUUGACUCUCGUCACUAAAAAUGCUCAAAAAGUAUCUAGAGUUGUUGGUACCAAUAUCGGGCUGCAAUUAGACUCUAAACUCAUCAAAGACACUAAAAUAAAUGUGAUAAAUGAUAACAAUAAGACUGUACCAGCUCUCAUAGCCAUCACUGCCUAUACUUUUGAAGCUCCCGUACCAGGAGGCUGCAAUAUGGAAUUUGAUAUAGAAAUAUCACCGUAUCAGCAGCUAAUGCUCACAAACUCUACAAUAAUCAUCGACUCGCAGCCAGCGUCAGCCCCACUUAUCAAUGGGCUAAAAUUACCAUGUGAAAAAAACCUUGUGACCUACGAAAUUUAUCGUCUCUAUACAGAUGAAAGUGAUUUUAACAAUGAGACUUAUUUUUCAACUAUUAUCACAAUGCUUACAGUUGACGAUAUUAUUAAAAAUGCUGUAAAAAUACCAACAUCAGCUUCGAGGUCACCGAUGCGUAAAGUUUAUAGUUCAUACCCAGGAACUGGAUCAGCGUAUGUAAUGAUAGCAACUUUUGGUAACCAUUCAUCAGCAUACGUACCAAUAUUUUCUUACGGCUGUACUCCAUUCUCAACUGAAAUUUCUUGUGAUUAUUUAAAAACAGCAAUGUCAAAAGUACUCUGUGCAUCUGUACUAUUUUUUGGAAUAUUUUUAACAUUGAUAACCCGGCGACGUUAUCAAGUAGAAUUAUUUUUACUUGGAUGUUUUUCUGGCGGUAUAAUAGGCUACAUAAUUUUACACGACAAUCAAAUGGAGAUUCAAUUAACAGUUAAUUUAUCAGUAAUAAUCGGAAUAGUAAUGGGUUUAUUACUGGUAUCGCUGUGGUAUAUUAAAGGAAUGCCAUGUAUUGGAAUUCUUCAAGCGUCAUUGUCCCUCGGUGCUUUAGUGGCCAGUACAACGUACUUAGGAAUGCCAGAUGGUCAACUAGUAUUGGUUAAUGACACAACAUUUUGGAUAAUUUACUCGACAAUAGUAAUAGCCGUGGUGUUAUUACUCUGUAUAUUUUCACCGAAUUCAAAUAUUAUCUGCUGUGCUUUUAUUGGAGCAUUCGCAAUAAUUUUGCCGAUUGACUACUGGGUUGGCUCGAGCCUAAAAUACAUUAUUAUCAACACUGUACGACGGAUUACAGUUUAUGGAUUUAACGUCGCUAUUAUUCAUCCACCCUUCCAAUCUAAAGACAUAUGGUUGUCGGUCUUCUGGAUAUUGUUGGCACUACAAAGUAUUCACUUACAAAGAAAAAGAUUACAGGGUGGAAGUCCAUUAUUUCCACGUCGUGUCGAUUAUAAUCUUAUUGACUCGGAAAGUUCAUAUCCAAUUAUAUCCGAGGAACCGCAUCAUCAACGGACAUUUUUAAUUGGUAAUAAUCCAACAACAACCAAAAAUUAUUCUACAUUUUUUCAAUAAAUUAUAAUAUUUUUCUACCAAUAAAUUUAAGUUAAUAUA